ACCACCCACUCCGCCUGCAUCAGCUGCGCGCCCCAGCCCGAGGAUGGGGAGAGGCGGCCCCGCCCCCGGCCCGCCCCGCCUUUCCAUUGGCGGCCGCGCGGGGCGGGGAGCGGGGUCGGCUCAGUGGCCCUGAGCUCCUAGCUCUGCUCUCAGUCCGCUCGCUGUCCGCUAGCCUGCUGCGAUGUUGCGCGCUGCCGCCCACUUCGGGCCCCGCCUGGGCCGCCGCCUCUUGUCAGCUGCCGCCACCCAGGCCGUGCCUGCCCCCAACCAGCAGCCCGAGGUCUUCUGCAACCAGAUCUUCAUAAACAAUGAAUGGCAUGAUGCCGUCAGCAGGAAAACAUUCCCCACCGUCAAUCCGUCCACUGGAGAGGUCAUCUGUCAGGUAGCUGAAGGGGACAAGGAAGAUGUGGACAAGGCAGUGAAGGCCGCCCGGGCCGCCUUCCAGCUGGGCUCACCUUGGCGCCGCAUGGACGCAUCACACAGGGGCCGGCUGCUGAACCGCCUGGCCGAUCUGAUCGAGCGGGACCGGACCUACCUGGCAGCCUUGGAGACCCUGGACAAUGGCAAGCCCUAUGUCAUCUCCUACCUGGUGGAUUUGGACAUGGUCCUCAAAUGUCUCCGGUAUUAUGCUGGCUGGGCUGAUAAGUACCACGGGAAAACCAUUCCCAUUGACGGAGACUUCUUCAGCUACACACGCCAUGAACCCGUGGGGGUGUGCGGGCAGAUCAUUCCGUGGAAUUUCCCGCUCCUGAUGCAAGCAUGGAAGCUGGGCCCAGCCUUGGCGACUGGAAACGUGGUUGUGAUGAAGGUAGCUGAGCAGACACCCCUCACUGCCCUCUAUGUGGCAAACCUGAUCAAGGAGGCCGGCUUUCCCCCUGGUGUGGUCAACAUUGUGCCUGGAUUUGGCCCCACAGCUGGGGCUGCCAUUGCCUCCCAUGAGGAUGUGGACAAAGUGGCAUUCACAGGCUCCACCGAGAUUGGCCGCGUAAUCCAGGUUGCUGCCGGGAGCAGCAACCUCAAGAGAGUGACCCUGGAGCUGGGGGGGAAGAGCCCCAACAUCAUCAUGUCAGAUGCCGAUAUGGAUUGGGCCGUGGAACAGGCCCACUUCGCCCUGUUCUUCAACCAGGGCCAGUGCUGCUGUGCCGGCUCCCGGACCUUCGUGCAGGAGGACAUCUAUGAUGAGUUUGUGGAGCGGAGCGUUGCCCGGGCCAAGUCUCGGGUGGUCGGGAACCCCUUUGAUAGCAAGACCGAGCAGGGGCCGCAGGUGGAUGAAACUCAGUUUAAGAAGAUCCUCGGCUACAUCAACACAGGGAAACAAGAGGGGGCGAAGCUGCUGUGUGGUGGGGGCAUUGCUGCUGACCGUGGUUACUUCAUCCAGCCCACUGUGUUUGGAGAUGUGCAGGAUGGCAUGACCAUCGCCAAGGAGGAGAUCUUCGGGCCAGUGAUGCAGAUCCUGAAGUUCAAGACCAUAGAGGAGGUUGUUGGGAGAGCCAACAAUUCCACGUACGGGCUGGCUGCAGCUGUCUUCACAAAGGAUUUGGACAAGGCCAAUUACCUGUCCCAGGCCCUCCAGGCGGGCACUGUGUGGGUCAACUGCUAUGAUGUAUUUGGAGCCCAGUCACCCUUUGGUGGCUACAAGAUGUCGGGGAGUGGCCGGGAGCUGGGCGAGUAUGGCCUGCAGGCAUACACUGAAGUGAAAACUGUCACAGUCAAAGUGCCUCAGAAGAACUCAUAAGAAUCAUGCAAGCUUCCUCCCUCAGCCAUUGAUGGAAAGUUCAGCAAGAUCAGCAACAAAACCAAGAAAAAUGAUCCUUGCGUGCUGAAUAUCUGAAAAGAGAAAUCCUUCCUACAAAAUCUCUUGGGUCAAGAAAGUUCUAGAAUUUGAAUUGAUAAACAUGGUGGUUUGGCUGAGGGUAAGAGUAUAUGAGGAACCUUUUAAACGACAACAAUACUGCUAGCUUUCAGGCUGAUUUUUAAAAAAUAGAUUCAAAUGUCUUAUCCUCUCUCUGAAAUGCUUCCUGUAACUCGAGUUUAUAGGGGAAGAAAAAGCCAUUGUUUACAAUUAUAUCACCAUCAAGGCCACUGCUAUACCCUGCUUUGUAUUCUGGGCUAAGAUUCAUUAAAAACAAGCUGCUCUUAA